CACACACCUGAAGUGUCCCUGAAGUGUCAACCUGAAGUGUCACUGAGGAAGCAGCACCCUUCGAGCUAACGCUAUUACAUUAAUUUACAUUAAUUUCUUCUAAUCUCUAUACUUUAAAAUUAUUUACCUUACGUUAUACAAAUAUAACUGACACCACUUUAGAUAAAACAAUCGUAACGUUGCGCUGUCGCAAAUUUGAUCUGUAUUUUGUAUUUUGUUUUUUUUUUACAAAACAUCCGCGACUAGCUUGUAGCCCGUAGCCCGCUAGCAUCACCUACCGCUAGCCUUGUUUACGUUUCACAUUUCUCACUUACCGCUGUUCUGUUUUAAAAAAACAAAAAAACAAAUAUGUCUGUUGUCUCUCCGGUUUUGAGUGCAGAUGAGGACUCGCUUGAGCUUCACAUGGUGCGGCUGGAACUGGAGGAUGUGGAGAAGCAGAUCCGCGGCCUACUCGACAAGCAGGCCCAGCUGCUGGAGCGACAAACUGCGCUGGAAACAUCUUGUGCCUCUGCCCACAUAUCCAAGGUAAGCACACAGCGUGGUAUUUCCACUCCCAGCCCCUCUACGCCGUGUGUUUCUCUGUGCAGGGACCGUGCACCUAGGACUUUCCCAGCCGUGGUCUCCGUCACGCCGGCGCCAACACACCUCGGGCCUUGGGUGAACCAGCGGCGAAAGGCGCGGGCUGGACCCUCUCCACCUCCGGUGUUCGAGAUUCCAACCAGGAACCGCUUCGCCCCUCUCCGCCAGACCAGACCCAACGCUGUGAUCGUCGGGGACUCCAUUGUGCGGAACGUCCGUGUAGCCUCAUCUAAAGGUAAGGUGCGCACACACUGUUUUUCUGGUGCUUGUGUCCUUGAUGUCGCUGCGCAGGUAUCUGGGAUCCUGAAGAAGGACGAGCGCAAUGGAGCGGUUGUGCUGCACGCGGGGACGAACGACACCAGGCUGCGGCAGACGGAGGUUCUGAAGAGGGACUUUUCCAGCCUGAUCGAGACGGUACGAGGCAGAUCACCCACUGCGAAGAUCAUCGUCUCUGGACCUCUUCCCACAUACAGACGUGGAGCAGAAAAGUUGUUUCAUCCUGAUGGCCUGCACCCCAGCAGCCUUGGAGCGGAACUGCUUUCAGACAACAUUUCCAAGGCGCUACACUCCAAGUGACUGCCUACCGUAAGUACAUCUUCCAAUAAUAACAACAUUCAGUAUAAUCAAUGUUCAACUAAAAAUCCGGCAAAGGUAAUACAUACUAUAGAGACUGUGUCUGUUCCCCGAGCUAUACAAAUAUAUAGAAAAUCUCGGAAAGUCUA